AUGGCUUUACAGGAACUAUGCAAUUUCCAGGACACCUUCCAGGACAGUACAACCAUUAAAUGUUCUCUGGUUCCUUUUGGAAAGAAGACCACCUCUACCUGUGUGAGUAGUUUGCCCUUCAGUGACAGCACAAGCCUGUUUAAUUUUUAUAUACCAGUCGCCGACUACCUGGAUGAAGGUCCACUGCAGUUUGGACAGAUUAGUACUAUCCAGAGCUCCAGUGCCUUGUCCCCUCACGACUCCAUCCUACCAUCUCUCUCAUUGCCCUCAAGUCUUCCUUUUGCCUCCUCUCAAUCUGUCCCUCUGCCCUUUCCAAUGUCUCAUGGCACCACCACCCUGGCUUUCGCGUUUCAGGGCGGGGUGCUGGCUGCGGCAGACACUCGUUCCAGUUGCUCCGGACUCGUGGCGUGCCCGGCCUCCCAGAAAAUCCUGCCCAUCCACAGCCACCUCGUCGGCACCACUUCAGGUACCUCGGCAGACUGUGCCCUCUGGAAACGCAUCCUGUCUCGAGAGCUCAGGCUUUACCAACUGCGCCACGGCCGGCGGUUGUCCACAAACGGAGCUGCAAAGUUGCUUUCUCACAUGCUUCACCCGUUCAAGGGGACUGAGCUGUGUGUAGCUGCCACUCUGUGUGGGUGGGACGGAGGAGAGGUAGAUGGACGCCAUGAUGAUGGUGACACAGAGACUCAUCUCAGUAGUUGCUCAGACCCAAAGAAAAGUGUGGGUGGCACCUGCCUUGAUAAGAGCUCUCUGGCGAAAGCCAACCGUGAGAGCUGCUCUUCAACUGGUUCUCAACAGUUCUCGGGCAGGAAGACGUCUGGACCCCGCCUCUGUUACGUGUGCAGCGACGGCACUCGUCUGCAGGGAAAACUCUUCUCCGUGGGCUCGGGAUCCCCCUAUGCCUACUCGAUUUUGGACCAAGGAGUUAAAUGGGGCCUGACAGUGGAAGAGGCCACAUCAAUAGCCAGAGAGGCUGUGUACAGAGCCACACACAGGGAUGCGUACUCAGGCAACAACGUAGACAUCUAUCACAUCACCUCAAAAGGGUGGACUCGCAGGAGCAGGGAGGAUUUGAAAGAAGAAUAUUACAGAGAAAAGGCAAGACAAGAGAGAAUGAUGAGACAGGAUGUGACUUUGUCUGCAUAG